AUGUGUGCGGCCGCGGAGCCGGCGGCAGCCGCAGCAGCGGCGCCCGACGCAGCAGCCGCCGAGCCGUCCAGUGAGGAAGAGUGGGAUACGAGCGCCGUGCAGCCUAGCUCAUGGAGCGAAGAACGCGAGGUGUUCGCCUACCUGCUCACGCUUAUGGCCGUGUUAACUGCCGUCAUCACAGUGGUCAAUAACCUCAAUGGCAAAGGUGUGGCACCUGUCGUGCUGGAGCCGCGUCGCAGGCUGCCCGAUGCCGUGACCACUGCUGGGCCACCCCGCUCUGCCCUCGAGAAACCACCGUACGAAGUGUGCGUGUCACGUUCGUGUCAGGCUGAGGGCCGCUACCUCGUGGACUUGCUCACUUGGGAGUAUGACCCAUGCGAGAACUUUUACGGCUUCGUCUGCCAAGGCUGGCAGCAGGAACAUACAUCGGGAGACACCCAGCUGCGCCGGGACCUCGAGCUGCGCCUUUCGGCACUGCUGCGAAGGCCCUCGACCAGCCCCGUGCUGGAACCACUGCGACGACUCUACAGCCAGUGUAGCGAGGCGCCCAGUCGCCACGACAUCCACGCGCUUCGCCAGGCCUUGUCAAUGGCCGGCUUGCCGGAUUGGCCUUACGCAGUGCCUCUGCGUCACGCCGUCUCGCUCUGGUCGACGGCCGCCGAAGUGCUGAAGCUCACUGGAGCCCACACUCUGCUCAACGUCGUGCCCGGUACCCACAGCUCGCGCCCAGAGGAAAGCGUGCUACGUCUGGGUCCUCCAAACUUGGUCCAUCCGACUUCCCGAGAAGCGCUCACCGCAGCGCUGGGUGCAUUUCGACCACGACUGUUAGUGCCGCUGUACGCCGCCGAGGUUUCCGGGCUGGAGCAGCGCCUGUUGCGCUGCAGUCCCGGUGCAGCUCACUUGACUCGACUGGCGGGGUUCCCCCAGCUGGUCGAGUUCCUGGCCCGUCUUCUGGGCAGCGGCGUCCACGAGGGAACAGAGGUGCUGCUUGAGACAGAUGCUCUGCGCUGCGUUCUGGCGACGGCUGCAGAGACUCCAGUAGAUACUGUGCUCAACUUGAUGGGGUUGCGAUUUCUGCUACGGCUCGCCUACCUUCUGCCCGAAAAGCUCGGUCUCCGGCUGGCUGAGUCGCGAGGGCCCCGCUGGCGCGGUUGUCUGCUGCAACUGGAACCGGCUCUGCCGCACCUCUUUUUGCUUGCAAGCAUCGAAGCCGUAGGCGCGCCCCCUCGCGCUUCCAGGCUCGCCGAGGACGUUCGACGCGCCCUGGUGCGCGCGUUGCCCGGCCUGUCGUGGCUUUCUCCGGGUGACCGACGCAAGGCGGCCGCGCUUAUUGGGCGUACGCGCAUACGGCUCUUCAUGCCCGACGAGCUACGCAACGGCUCGGCUCCCACUUCUCUGCCGCCGCAUGACCUGGACGUUGGGCUUCUGGCCUACUGUCGGCUCCAUUCGCGCGCCUUCGAGCAUAAGCUGCGCUCUCCAGAUCCAUGGCUCCUGUCUUCGAUGGACAGCGACUGUGUGCUGGACGUAGAGGCCAAUCGGGUCGAUGUGCCCCUGCUCAUGUUCAACCGAAGCGCGGUAAUCCUGGAUGACCUGCAGUCGAGCCAGCUUCCGCGCGCCGGUUUCCGGCUCGCGCGCUGUCUCUUGCGACUCCUCUUCGGCUGGGCCGAGACGGACGCCACUUGGGACGAGGGCGUGCGCGCGCGCCGCUGCCUGGCCCGCCAGUACGGCAUCAAGCUCGCGGUGGCUCCAGUGGAAGACAGUUUGGCGCUUGCUCCCGUACUGCGCCUUUUCCGCGACAACCUCCGCCUUCGCCGGCGACGGCGGCAAGACCUGAGACUGCGCAAUGCUGAGGACUUGAGUCUCGACCAGCUAUUUUUCGUCUACUUCGCACUUGGGUUUUGCCACGACGGAAACGACGCGGAGCGCCGCACCAACGUGGCUCUUUGGAACACGCCUUCCUUCCACGCAAUCUAUGAGUGUCGCGUAGGGUCACCCAUGAGACCCGACCGCUCCUGCAUACUUUGGGUCUCUCUUUAG